UGAUUGGUUGCUAUAGGCAACUUUUCCUCUGGACGGGUUUUGAUAAAUCUUCCCCAUUGUUUUGUAGUCCUGAUGAUCAGGCUGAAAGAAGAAUGUCCUUCUUGUCCCAGUUCCAAGGAUACAGGAAGAAGUCCCAUGACCCCAGGGAAUAUGACCCCCUUACACAGGCCGAUAGCGAUGAGAGCGAGGACGACCUUGUCAUCAACAUCCAGCAGAAUGGAGUUCAGAAUGGGAAGGGAACUCGAGGGGCGCCCCAGGAUCACGACUCUGAUGUCGAAGGAAUGUCGAAGAGGGUCCAGCAGCGGCCGGUCGAUAUGAAACUGGAUGGGUUGUCCGCCCCCGGAGCUCUGGACCCAGAACUAAAGCCGCCAUCUUCUCUGCUGUCCUACGUUCGAACCACAGUUUUCCUUCUGACCGUCAUUGUCUCCAUGGUGAUGGUGCUCAUCUGUGCUUUCCUCGUCCCCUGCCCUAUGAACGACCAGCACAACUUUUGGUCGCUCCGCAUCGGCUAUGACACAGAAUUUUCCUCCCCUCUGGAGCUGUUUGAUGUGAAUAAGGAUGGAACACAGGAUAUACUGCUGACGUUCUUGUCUUCCAAAACCGGUGAACCACAGGAUGCUGGGAAGCAGCUCCCCUUUCUUUCUGUUCUGUCUGGGAAUAGUGGGAAUGUCUUGUGGAGCAGAAACACGCAGGAGAAUCUCCGGAGUAUUCAAUGUGGACAACUCCUCUUAAAGCCUGAACCCAAUGACACGUGUCUUCUAACUGGGACCUACAAGUUACUAAGCUUGAUCGCUGCAUCUACAGGGGAAUCUUUAUGGACCAUGAGUCUAAACCACGUGUCCAGUGGAACAAUAGCGGCUCCGGCUGUAAUUCUGCCGGAUCUGGAUGAUGAUUUAACAAAUGAUUUGCUUGUUCUCACCAUUGGGGAAAGUCAGCCAGACCUUGGAUUCCUCCUGGUGUCCGGACGCACUGGGAACCCUCUGGGUGAAAUUGUAAAAUACAGCAUCCUGGGUGAAGGAAAACUUCUAGGACCUCAGGCGUACUACACGAGCCAGGGGGCCAUUUAUAUUCUCUUUGGCUUUGGGAACAUCCAGGCGGUGGCACUAAGGGAUAUAUAUGCACAGGCUAAAACGGGAGGUAAUUUCCCAAGUGCCCUCCAGAGGAUCGAUCCAGACUGGGAGAAGAGAAGAUCGGUCAAUCACUCCAAACUGAUCAAUGUUUACAGUGCCGGGGUGGAGUUUCUUCAGACUGUUCCGGUCUUUCUCAGUAACUUCAGUGAUCUUCUUGUCACAACAAAAGAGGCCGUAACCCUCAUGCGGGGCCAAGAUCUAGAGCAGAGAUGGCGCGUCAGCCUGAACAAUAUCUACAGCCGUCCACAGCCCGGUUACUUCAACAGUGAUGGAAUCCUGGAUUUCUUCAUACAGAUCCAGAGCAGUACCGCUGAGAAGAAGCUGAUUGUUAUCGAUGGAUCCACCGCUGAAUCUCUAUGGGAGUGGGAGAUUUCAUGGCACGAACAUGAAAAAGAAACCGAGGCCAUCUCCCUUCUAACUGCUGAUGGGAAAUCUGUCUUCCUCUUCUGGGGUGAAGGAUUGGUCAGAGCUAACAGCUCGCACAUGUCAUAUAGAAAAUCAGACAGUCCAUGGACCCGACACCUUUAUUUGCUGUGUCCCACCUAUUCAGCAGUGGUUCUAGAUCUCUUUAAUGUUUCUUCAACGAUUGUUGCUUCUGCUGCGGGGAUCAGAGAGUUGGAGAAGGACGCCCUCCUGGCUAUCAUGACUGCAGAACAGGAGCAAAGCACAUCAGGCAAUAUGUCCCGAAACCUGACUGUAAGCAAAGUGGGCAUGAGGUGGGCUUUAUCCAACAGUCGGGCCUUGUCUCUGGGAAGUGGAAAUAUAAGACGCAAAGUAGAAGACAUCAGAAGAAUUCUUACUAGGUUGAAGUUUACUGCACUCCCACAACGGGUAUUGUAGACGAGACCCUUCCAGACGUGUGAUGACACAUCUUACCGAAGACAGUGUCUAGGAACAUAGAAGCACAACUAAAGAGAAAGACCUGGAGAGUGGGAGUGAUGACUGUGUAUCGGUAUAUAUGUGCUGUGUGCGGUAUUACUAGUACUGACUGGUCCUUCACCUUUCCCCCCUACACAGAUACAACAUAUACACAGUACUCCAUCACUGCAAUAGUGACCAGGUUACAUUUUGCGUUCUGUUACAUUUCAGGAUUGUUUAUUUAUUUCAAAUUUUGGGGCAUUAUGCCAAUCCUUAGAUUACACACUUUAGGUACUAAAGUGCUGGCUGUAAAAACCUGAUCUGGUAUAUAUCCUUUUUGCUGUAAAUAGAUAUGUCUAAAUAACACUGUGGUGCACCUAAAGAGAUUGCCCAGGGAUCAGAAUAUCUUCUACAAAUGCUGGGGGGGGGGGUUAAAAAAAAAAAAAAAGCUGUACUCAUCUUCCCGGAUCCCUCACAGCUGCCGAGCCGAUGCUCCCUGCUCAUCACCACUUCCUCCUGGUGACGUGUUGUCCCUGCAAGAUCUUACUGCUUAGCCAAUCACCGACUAAAGUGGGACACUGCGGUGACCAGUGAUUGUCGGAGCAGGGCAGCUCUUGCGGGGAUGACGCACCGUCGGGAACCAGCAAAAAGUUAAAAAGUUCCAGGGACUGGAAGCAUUAGUGCAGCAGUUGUGGGGGACUCAGAGAAGAUGAGUAUAGCAUGUUUUUGUUUUUUUACACCCCCAGGAAUAUGUAAAAAAAAGUAAUUUUCUAGAGAAAAACUAAUCAUUAGAAAAAUAAUACCAUAAAACACCUAGCAUUUCAUAGCCACAAUACAUUUUUUGUACAAAUUCUGGGGGUGGUGUAAAAAAAAAAAAAAAAAAAAAAUGCUGUACUCCUCUUCCCGCAUCCCUCACAGCUGCCAAGCCGAUGCUCCCUGUUCCUUGCUCAUCACCACUUCCCCCUGGUGACGUGUUGUAUCUUCAAGAUCUUACUGCUUAGCCAAUCACCGACUAAAGUGGGACACUGCGGUGACCAGUGAUUGUCGGAGCAGGGCAGCUCUUGCAGGGAUGACCCACCAUCGGGAACCAGCAAAAAGUUAAGAAGUACCAGGGACUGGAAGCAUUAGUGCAGCAGCUGUGGGGGACUCAGGGAUGAUGAGUAUAGCAUUUUUUCUUUUUUUUACACCCCCAGGAAUAUGUAAAAAAAAAUUCUAGAUAAAAAAAUUAUCACUAGAAAAAAAAAAGAAAAAUACCAUAAAACAUCAAGCAUUUCAUAGCCACAAUAAUUUUUUGGUACAAAUGCUGGGGGGGUGGUGUAAGAAAAAAUAAAUGAAAAUAAAGCUGUACUCAUCUUCCUGGAUCCCUCACAGCUGCCAAGCCAAUGCUCCCUGCUCAUCACCACUUCCUCCUGGUGACGAGUUGUCUCUUCAUGAUCUUACUGCUUAGCCAAUCACCGACUAAAGUGGGACACUGCGGUGACCAGUGAUUGUCUGAGCAGGGCAGCUCUUGCGGGGAUGACGCACCAUCGGGAACCAGGAAAAAGUUUAAAAGUACCAGGGACUGGAAGCAUUAGUGCAGCAGCUGUGGGGGACUUUUUUUUUUUUACUAUAUAUAUGAUAAUCCCCUGUCACUUUUCAAGGCUCUUUUAUGGCUGGUAGGUGGCAGUAGAGAGAUUUCCUCUUGAGGAGAGCUAAUUUGCAUAGGGCUCAUUCACACGGCCGUCUGCCCCCGUAAAUUCAUGCCUAUUAUGCAAUCUGUUCGAUACUUUUGCAAACGGGUUGCAAACCGCUGUAAAAGGAUCCCAUUGAUGUCAGUGGGAUUUUUUUACAGUCUUUUUUCUCCCGUUUGCUUCCUAUUCCAUUUUCUUUUCCCAGAGAAAAACGGAACAAAAACGGAUAUAAAAAAUGUAACAUUAAAGUCUAUGGGACACGAAUAAGCCUUUAAUGCCAUCCAUUUGCAUCAGUUUUUUUCAAUCCGUUUUUACUUCUGAGCAUGCUCAGAACUAAAAAAAAAAAUUUUUGUUUUUUUAACCGAACAAUAACGGAUCUAAACAGAUGCAGACGGAUACCAUCCGUUUACUUCAGUUUAUUUGUCUGUUAAAAGAAAGGUCGGAAAGAAAAGCGGGACGGGAGACAACGGCCAUGUGAACCUAACCUUAUUGUAAGGCUGGGUUCACACCACAGUUUUGCUAUACAGUUCUCGUAUACGUUUUCAAUUUGAAAACCGCACGGAACCGUAUUGAAAACCAUAUGCAUUGACUCAGUGUGUCCGUUUUGCAUCCUGUACGGUUUUGUCAGUUUUUCCUGUACCCAAAACGGUAGCCUACCACGGUUUUUAAUCCGGGUGAAAAACCGUAUUGAAACGUAUUCGUUUUUUUUUUUGUUUUUUUUUUUUAACAAGGGAGUCCAUGGGAAUCGUACAGACCUGUAUGUGUGUGUACUGUUCCAUCCAUUUUUUACCAUAUGGUUUUUGACUUUGCACAGUUUUAUUCUUGGAAUUUCAAUCAAACAAGUGAAACUUUAUUCAUAAUGGAAUGAAAAGUUAAAAACGUAUAAGGUUUUUUCUUAAAAAAACAGAUGCAACCGGGCAUCAUUUUUCAAGCCGUAUACGGUUUAAAAUUUGUACACAUGUUUUGAUACAGUUUAGUCAGGUUUUGAGGAAUCCAUAUUUUUUUAUUUUUUUUAUCAAAAACCUGAUACAGGAACUGUAUUGCAAAAACGUGGUGUGAACCCACCCUAAUACACCCAGAUGCUAGCGAUUACUAGAGGUUCUGGGAUUUUCGCCAUUGUUCUCUAUGGAGAAUGGGGGGAGGGCUUCAUGCUAGUGUGAUAGCGCUUCUAAUGUGUGAUGCUGAAUGACGUGUAGAAGACACUUUGCUGCUAUUGUAUUUGAUUAAAUAUGUAGAUUAAUUCUCAUUAUAACCGAAAAGGACCUGAGGAUGCUCCCAAUAUUAUUACUGUACCGAAAUACAAGUGUAAACCACAGGAGAUCUGCCGGGUCCUCUUUAUAUCUACUGCUGUGUGCAUGCAGAUAGCCCCUUGUAAAACUCUGCACAAUAUGCUGGGGCUAUUAAAGGGGUAUUCCAGGAAAAAACUUUUUUUGUUAUAUCAACUGGAUCCAGAAAGUUAAACAGAUUUGUAAAUUAAAAAAUCUUAAUCCUUUCAAUAAUUAUCAGCUGCUGAAGUUGAGGUGUUGUUUUCUGUCUGGCAACAGUGCUCUCUGCUGACAUCUCUGCUUGUCUCGGGAACUGCACAGAGUAGAAGAGGUUUGCUAUGGGGAUUUGCUUCUAAACUGGGCGGUUCCCGAGACACGUGUCAUCAGAGAGCACUUAGACAGAAAAGAACAACUCAACUUCAGCAGCUCAUAAGUACUGAAAGGAUUAAAACAUUUUAACCCCUUAAGGACGCAGGACGUAAAUGUACGUCCUGGUGCGGUGGUACUUAACGCACCAGGACGUACAUUUACGUCCUGUGCAUAACCGCGGGCAUCGGAGCGAUGCCCGUGUCAUGCGCGGCUGAUCCCGGCUGCUGAUCGCAGCCAGGGACCCGCCGGCAAUGGCCGACGCCCGCGAUCUCGCGGGCGUCCGCCAUUAACCCCUCAGGUGCCGGGAUCAAUACAGAUCCCGGCAUCUGCGGCACUGCGCGAUUUCAAUGAAUGAUCGGAUCGCCCCCAGGCACUGCUGCGGGGAUCCGACCAUUCAGAACGCCGCACGGAGGUCCCCUCUCCUUCCUCCGUACGGCUCCCGGCGUCUCCUGCUCUGGUCUGUGAUCGAGCAGACCAGAGCAGGAGAUGACCGAUAAUACUGAUCUGUUCUAUGUCCUAUACAUAGAACAGAUCAGUAUUAGCAAUCAUGGUAUUGCUAUGAAUAGUCCCCUAUGGGGACUAUUCAAGUGUAAAAAAAAAAAUGUAAAAGUAAAAAAAAAGUGAAAAAUCCCCUCCCCCAAUAAAAAAGUAAAACGUCCGUUUUUUCCUAUUUUACCCCCAAAAAGCGUAAAAAAUUAAUUUUAGACAUAUUUGGUAUCGCCGCGUGCGUAAAUGUCCGAUCUAUUAAAAUAAAAUGUUAAUGAUCCCGUACGGUGAACGGCGUGAACGAAAAAAAAAAGUCCAAAAUUGCUACUUUUUUAAUACAUUUUAUUAAAUAAAAAAUUAUAAAAAAUGUAUUAAAAGUUUUUUAGAUGCAAAUGUGGUAUGAAAAAAAAGUAAAGAUCAUGGCGCAAAAAAUGAGCCCUCAUACCGCCGCUUAUACGGAAAAAUAAAAAAGUUAUAGGUCAUCAAAAUAAAGAGAUUAUAAACGUACUAAUUUGGUUAAAAAGUUUGUGAUUUUUUUUAAGCACAACAAUAAUAUAAAAGUAUGUAAUAAUGGUAUAAUUUUUAGUCGUAUUGACCCUCAGAAUAAAGAACACAUGUCAUUUUUACCGUAAAUUGUACGGCGUGAAAACGAAACCUUCCAAAAUUAGCAAAAUUGCGUUUUUCUUUUUAAUUUCCCCACAAAAAUAGUGUUUUUUGGUUGCACCAUACAUUUUAUGAUAUAGUGAGUGAUGUCAUCACAAAGGACAACUGGUCGCGCAAAAAACAAGCCCUCAUACUAGUCUGUGGAUGAAAAUAUAAAAGAGUUAUGAUUUUUAGAAGACGAGGAGGAAAAAAUGAAAACGUAAAAAUUAACUUGUCUGAGUCCUUAAGGCCAAAAUGGGCUGAGUCCUUAAGGGGUUAAUAGAAGUCAUUUACAAAUCUGUUUAACUUUCUGGAGCCAGUUGAUAUAUAUAAAAAAAAGUUUUUUCCUGGAUAACCCCUUUAAAGCUGUCACGCCCCCUUCCCAUAGACUUGCAUUGAGGGGGAGGGGUGUGACGUCACAAGCUCCCGGCGCUGGCUCCACCAUUCAAAACAGUUUUUUCCAAACGCUGAGCAGAGGAGUACCCCUUUAAGGCUACGUUCACACAUACAGGAUCCUGCGCAGGAUUUGUAACUGCCGAUUAGAAGCUGUGCUCAGUCAUUUAGUUUACAUUGAAAUCUGCAGCCUCAAAUCCUGCACAUUAAAUCUGCAUACAUGUGAACGGAUCCUAAAAGAGUAGUACAUAUAUACACAUACAUCCACAAGUCCUAAAACUACAGGAAUAACGUUUACCACAUAAUGUUCACCAUGGUAUGUAUAUAUAUAUAUAAUAUAUACAGGUGAUAUCGUACACCACACUUGGACUUUUAAAAGCUUAUUACUGUGAACACAUAGCUAAAGGGAUUAUCCAGGAUUAUAUUAAAAACUGCUUCAAAACAGCGCCACACCUGUGCUCUGGUUGUGUUUGGUAUUACAAUUCGACUCCAUUCAGUUUAAUGGAAAUAAGUUGCAAUACCGUACACAAACUGAGGACAAUGGUGGCGCUGUUUGUGGAGGAAGGCAGCCAUGUUUUUACCAAACCUGGAUAACCCAUUGAAGGCUACCACUACAAAGCGACUUUGGUUACUCAACAUAUGUUGCAGCCCAUCAUAGCUCAGUGUUUCCCAACCAGGGGGCCUCCAGCUGUUGCAAAACUACAUCUCCCAGCAUGCCCGGACAGCCAAAGGCUGUCCGGGCAUGCUGGGAGUUGUAGUUUUGCAACAGCUGGAGGCGCCCUGGUGUGGAACACUGCGCCACGAUGUGCUGGGCAAUGUUGUGAGUUUCAGUAUGACCGUAGCCUAAAGGGGUAAUCCCAUGAAAAACCAUUAACACCUAUCCACACAAUAAGAGAUAAACUUGAUCUCUGGGACCCCCAAAAUUACUGGAAUGGUGGUCCUCGGCCCCCUUGUUUACAUUGAGUAUCAUUGUAUUUGUGACAACUCCAUUCAGAGUCUAUGGGGGAGAUUUAUCAAAACCUGUGCAGAGGAAUAGAUGACUAGUUGCCCAUAGCAACCAAUCAGAUGGCUUCUUUCAUUUUUAACAGGGCCUCUGCAAAAUGAAAGAAGCGAUCUGAUUGGUUGCUAUGGGCAACUGGUCAUCUUUUCCUCUGCACAGGUUUUGAUAAAUCUCCCCCAUGGGACUGUGAUAGUCCAGUACAGCGCCCGGCUGUGUCCGGAAGUCCCGUAGACAUUGAUUGGAUCGGUACGGCGCUGGCAUGACCACUUCUCUAUUCAUGCUCCUCCAGAAUGACCCCCCCAUUCUAGUGACCGGUGGAGCCCCCACAGUUAUACAUUUAUCGUCUGUUCUAUGGAUAGGUGAAUAAUGUCUUGUUGGGAGAACCCUUUAAAAUGAAUCUCCAGCGGAGAUCUGCGGUACAGUUGCGAUACGGUUGUGGAGGUAACCGUACAACUUCCAGCGAGUUCCAUGCACGUGCCCUUUUCUGAUGAAUGGGACUCACGGACGGAACUUGCUGAUCGUCAUAUGAUUGCCUCCGCAACUCUACCGCCCAGUGUGAGCGGUAGGAGACCACUUUAAAGAGGUUGUCUAGGAUUUUUUUUUAAAUCAGCUGAUUUCUCCAUAAAAACAGCGCCACCACCUUUCAUCAGGUUGUGUGUGGUAUUGCACCCUAGUUCCAUUAGAGUGAAUGGGGCAAAGUUGUAAUACCACACACAACCUGAGGACAGGUGUGGUGCUGUUUUGGGGGAAAAAAAUAGUUCUGUUUUUCUAAUCCUUUAUAACCCCUUUUAGGAGAGUUUACAUUUGCUUUUUUAUUCACCCAACAAGGUAUUAAAAGUUCUAUGCACAUAGGAAAGAUGUACAGAAGGAACCACUCUUGUAUAGCAGUUAUUGUAGAAAAGGGGUACUCCCUGAAAACAUCUUAUCCCCUAUCCAAAGGAUAGGGGAUAAGAUGUUAGAUCAAGGGGGUCCCGCCGCUGGGGACCCUUGCGAUCUCCGCUGUGGCACCCCUUUCAUCGGUGCACGGAGUGAACUCUGCGCCGUACCCAAUGACUGGGGAGGAGGCGUGACAACUAUGUACUACCCCAGUGUUUCACAACCUUUUUUUUUGCGGGGAACCGCUACGGAACUUGAUGAGCAAAAACAAAAGGGAAACAACUGCAGUGCACAAUAUCUAUUUAUCUGUGGGUGUGUAGAUUACAGUGCUGCUUUAUACAGCAACUCACAAGUGACGUCUUCUAAAAUCGGCAUCGUUCCCUUCUCUUCUCCAUCUGGUCCGCGCCGUCAUGACGAUUUCUUCCAGCCACAAUUCUUCACCGUUGAACCUACAAAACAAACCUAUAGGGCUCCGCACUUUUCUAGUAUCAGCCUCCAGAUUCCCCUUUUACAAGUGAAGAGGAAUAUAGGGGCGUAUAGGUGUAAAGGGGUAACAGGGGUGCAGAAAGGUGUACAUGGGUGACAGGUGUGUAAAUGAGUAUACAUGGGUGACAGAGGGGUGUACAUGGGUGACAGAGGGGUGUAGGGUGUGACAGAGGUGUGUAGAGGGGUGUACAUGGGUUACAGAGGUGUGUAGAGGGGUGUACAUGGGUUACAGUGGGGGUGUAGGGUGUGACAGGUGUGUACAUGGUUAACAGAUGGUUGUAGAAGAGUGUACAUGGGUGACGGAUGGGUGUAGAGGAGUGUACGGGGGUGACAAAGGGGUGUACAUGGGUAACGGGUGUAGAGGGGUGUACAUGGGUGACAGAUGAUUGUAGAAUAGUGUACAUGGAUAACGGGUGUAGAGGGGUGUACAUGGGUAGCAGGGGUGUAGAGGAGUGACAGAUGAUUGUAGAAUAGUGUACAUGGAUAACGGGUGUAGAGGGGUGUACAUGGGUAGCAGGGGUGUAGAGGGGAGACAGAUGAUUGUAGAAGAGUGUACAUGGAUAACGGGUGUAGAGGGGAGACAGAUGAUUGUAGAAAAGUGUACAUGGGUGACGGGGUGAAAGAUGGAUGGACAGGAAUAACUUUUUUCCUUCUGCAGGGGCCGGGAAGCUGGUCUAGGGGGCCGGGAAACUCAUCGGGGGGUGGGGUUGGGGGCGGGAGGCUGUUCCAAGGGGCUGAGAAGCUGGUCCGGGGUCUGAGAAGCUAGUCCAUGGGGCCGGGAAGCUGAUUCGGGGGUCGGGAAGCUGGUCGGGGGGCCAGCGCACCAUCCCUAUUCACAUUUAUCCCAUUCCCGGCCUGCACGCCUGUGAAUCACUCACGGUGCCGUAGGGGGGACACAGCUCAUACACGCAAUGCGCGCACAGGCUUCCCUUCCCCCCCCUGUGCCGCCGUGAUUUGCAGGCCCGGGGGGGGGGGGGGGGAGAUUUUUUUUAAAGAAAUUGCCGGAGCUACCCCGGGUAGGGCCUGACUGUACCCCGGGGAGCCCCAGUUGGGAAUCACUGUACUACUCGUUACUCCCAUACACAUGAAUGAAGGGGGCGUGGCGUGACAUCAGGAACGCGAAAGCAGCGGGACCCCCGCAAUCUAACAUCUUAUCCCCUAACCUUUGGAUAAUGGGAUAAGAAGUUUUCAGUGGAGUACCCCUUUAAGUGUGGAGUAUUACGGCUCACUAAAUGUUGUAUUAGAAGAUGUAUAAUAAAGAUGUAGAAUUUGUAGUAUAGAUCCGGAGGUGUUAAUUUAUUGUUUUACCCAUAGUCCGGCCGCUUUAUGCAGACAGGCGCUGGUGUGUGUAGAGUGUUUUUAUGUACAUGUUGAGAUUUUUUUUUUUUUGUUUUGUUUGUUUUAUAUAUAAAUACGACCGUAUACAGACAAGUGUAAUACUGCUGCAUUUCUCCCUCCAUAUUAAAGCCGCAGGUCUUAGCGUGACCAGGGGGUCUAAGGGAUUGGAGCCAUAAUACAGACACACAAAUGAAGCCGUAUUGCACUCGUCGAAAUCCGGCCUAACUUGCACAUGUCCACUAGAAUCUAUAAUAUUUAAUUUUUAUUUAUUUUUCAUAGUGUUUUAGGAUGAAAGGAGGAGUGUUUAUAGGCAGCGCUGACUUCAUGUUUUAUAGAUGUGAUAUUCUACUUACAUAACUGGACAAUGACCAGGUAUUUAUUCUCCUGUGUGCUGCCCCUUUUAACAGUGUUUCCCAAUCGGGGUGCCUCCAGCUGUUGCAAAACUACAACUCCCAGCAUGCCUGGACAGCCGAAGGCUGUCCAGGCAUGCUGGGAGUUGUAGUUUUGCAACAGCUGGAGGCACCCUGGUAGGAAAACACUGCCUUAUGAACUAGAAAACCUGUAAAAAUCCACAUAGGGAACUGGCAUGUUUCUGUCAAUGUCAUUUGUAAAUGUAGCAUUAUCUGUAUAGAAUAAAGGAUAAUACAACGA